AUGCUUGUCGGCCUCCCGUUGGUUCCGACAUUGGUCGCUGUAGGAAAUCGGGAGAGCUCUCAGCUCCCCCUACACAACAGGAGUUUCCUGAUGGCCAAGCUCACUUGUUUGUGCAACUCGCAGAGGUUGACAGACUCAUUUAUUGGUAUUCGAGAUACUGCUAUCUCUGCUCCCCCUGGGGGCUCGUUAGCCCUGAUUGCUGCGGUCUGCUUUAUUGCAGCGUGUUCUGCUAAUGCGUCUGGUGACUUGAAGUCAGUGUGCCCUGUAUCUACUUCCUCUGCAUGGAAAGUCCUAGCGGACCAGCUGCUUUCGAGCAAUGGAUACCCUCGACAGCCCAACCUGAACACUGUCCGAGCAGCCUUUCUCCUCGCUCUUCCAAGUGUGGCAGGCGGAAGGAUACAUCCGGGCCCGGGCCCUGUCUGCGUAUUGCUGCGAGCUGCUCAGUCUUUAGGGCUUCACCGUGAUCCCUCAUCCGUCAAUUUGUCCCCUCGUGAGAUGGACUCUCACCGGGUCCUCUGCUGGGUCAUCCAUGGUUUGGACGUCUCCUACUCAGUCGCCCAUGCAUUGCCACCAUUGAUCCACGCCGCCGCUACUGAUGUUCAAAUGAUUGAACACAAUGCUAUGUCAGACCGCAAGCUCAUAGGAACCCUCAUACGAGUGAACUCCCUAAUCUCUACAAUCUUCCAAACCGUCUACGGUAUCCACCAGCCAACAGGCAAAGACAUUCAAGAACUAGAUGAAAAGGCGAACACAAUAUGUACUGACGAUUAUUCUACUCAAACACCCCCGGAAAUGAACACAGCAGAAAAAUUCAUCACAAUGAGCCAAGAAUGUGUUGCUACAAAAUGCUCUUCAUCCUACAUCAACCCUAUCUACGAUCAACUCAAUGGCCGCAAACUUCCAGACAAAAAGCACUAA